UGACGCGGAAAUCGAAAAAUGUGUGGCUUUUUCUUUAGCCGGCAUGUAAAUACUGUAACUUACUAUAAAGCUUUGCGUCUCGUCUCGGUUUAUUUAUUGUAGCUGCUAUAACUGAUGUUUCUUUACAAAGACAGGAAUAUUUUUGGGUCGCUGACAAGACUAUGUUGUCAUAGCUAGGUAUCUAGCUGAGUGGUUACGUUUGAGACAUUUUUUGCUAAUCAGCUAAUAGUUAGCGAAGUUGAAUGGGAAAAUGCCAACCAGUAUAUCGAUUAUUUCAUUUUAUGUUGUAGUCUUAGUUGUACAAGUGCAGCACAUCUACACAAAAGAUCUAAAGAGUUCUUGCUCAACAUGCAGACAGAUAACAGACAAUUUCAACAAGGGCUUCGAUAGAACCGCUAAGAAGAAUUUUGGUGGUGGAAAUACAGCAUGGGAGGAGAGGAAAUUGGCAAAAUAUGAGAUCAGUGAGAUCCGUCUGGUGGAGAUCAUUGAAGGGUUGUGUGACAGCAGCAGCUUUGAAUGCAAUCAUAUGGUCGAGGAGCAUGAAGACCAUUUUGAAACUUGGUGGUUCAAGAGUAAAUCAAAACAUCCUGACCUACUGAAGUGGUUUUGCAUUGAGACCAUCAAAGUAUGCUGUCCCAAUGGAACAUUUGGCCCAGACUGCAAUGACUGUGUCGGAGGAUCUGAGAGGCCUUGCCAUGGUAAUGGAGUCUGUAAUGGCGAAGGGACAAGAGGGGGCGAUGGCAAGUGCAGUUGCAACCAUGGAUACAAAGGGGAAUUCUGUCUGGACUGCAUUGAUGGAUACUUCAACGAGCAAAGAAAUGACACUUUCUCUCUUUGCACAGUGUGUCCUACCUCCUGUAAGACCUGCACGGGCCCCACCAAUAAGGACUGUGAUGACUGCAAAGAGGGAUGGGAGGAGGAUGACGAAGAGGCAUGCAUUGAUGUUGAUGAGUGCGCCGAGGAUUCUUCCACAUGCAAAGAGGAUCAGUUUUGCCUAAACACUCAAGGCUCUUUCUCCUGCAAUGCUUGCGACAAGGUCUGUUCUGGCUGUAAAGGGCCGGGCCCUGACCAGUGCUUAGCUUGCUCGGAAGGAUUCAUGGAGGAGGAAGGCAUAUGCACUGAUAUGGAUGAAUGUGAUCAGCCUGAAGCUGUCUGCACUGAGGAGCACCAGGACUGCCUCAACACCGUUGGAAGCUACGAGUGCCAGUGUGCUGAUGGUUUCCAUGACGAAGGUGGCACCUGCAUUCCAACUCCCACAUUAGAAGAGAAUCAGCAACCGUCUGAAGAUCAACUAGUCCCUGAUAGUCAAAAGCCUGUGGAACAUGAAGACCUGUGAUGUCGUUCUGAUUUUUAAUUCCUUGAUUGAACACAAGGGGGAGAUAAAGCAUUGUGAUAGUCCCUCAUCAGCUGAAUGUCAUGUAUUGAACGAUGCUUCGGACAUCAUGGCCUUCACUGAACUGAACUAUCUCAGUACUUGGUCAUUUUUGCCAGGAACUGCCCCACGGAACAGUGGAAACAUUUGACUCAAGUUGUUUUUGCUGCCAUAGCACUAGGAGGAAACAUUGUUUUGUCAAGCCAGCCUAAUAAAAUUGAAUCACUGUUUAUUAUGA